AUGAAGCUUCACUGUUACAAUCGCCUCGUGCGGGCAUCUUUAUUGCUGAACAGCCUCGCCUGCCAGGUCGAGAGAGAACAGAAAAAGGUCCUGGGAGACCUGGAAAUUGUUGAGGUGAUGUGCACGUUUAUUCAGACGAAGUUGAAGAACAAAGUCUGUGACGAGCUACUGAAGGGAUUUUCUGACAAAGGGGAGCUGCUAAGAAACAUGAUGGAUCUGAUGGCAAAUAUUGCAGAAGUGCAGAAGCUGUGGCAAAACUUGAUGAAUGAGGAGUAUGUCACAGUGUUCACAAUCUUCUUGGAGUCAAAGAAAGAUGGGAUAGAAGUGCGCUACAAUGCUGCAGGAGUUCUCUCCCAUCUUCUAUCGGACGGGGAGGAAGCCUGGAGGGUAGAAAGUCCCAAUCGAGAUGAGGUGAUCUGGCGUAUAGUGCAGGCUAUACAGCGCUGGCCCCUUGAAAGCCAGCGCAACAUAAACUACAGAUCGUUUGGACCAAUCCUGAACCUGGUUAGGUGUUUCAGGUCUCAUGCCUCACAGUAUUGGGCCGUCUGGGCCCUCUGUAAUCUCACAAAAGUGUAUCCUGACAAGUACAUCAAGCUUUUGAAGGAAGAAGGUGGUCUGGAAAUACUGAGGAAGGUCAUGAGAGACCCGCGCCCCAUCACAGCAAUACAAGAGUUGGCCAAACAGGUCAUAGACCGAGUACAAAUGCCGGUCGAGGCUUCAGAGGAGAUCAAUGAUUAA